AUGGAGCGCGCAAGCUUCAAGCGCAAAGGCGAAUUCGGCGCCAACAACAACAGCCGCAAGAGCGCCAAACUGGACGAAACUGCUACGAAACCUGCUGGCAAGAUGACUUUUGCUGAGCGCAUGAUGGCUAAAAUGGGCUACAAGCAAGGCCAGGGUCUCGGAAAAGAGGGCGAGGGUAUCGUCAACCCUAUCGAAGUCAAACUACGACCACAAGGUGCUGGUGUGGGUGCGGUCAAGGAAAAGACGGAACAAUACAAAGCAGAGCAGAGGAGGAAAGCAGAAGCCAAAGGCGAGGAGUAUGAGGACUCGAGUGAUGAGGAGAGAAAAGCUAGAAAGAGGAGGAGUGAGAGGAAGAAGGAGGAGAGAGGGGCAGGGGGUGGGAGACGCAAGACGAAGUAUCGUACUGUGGAGGAUGUUCGUGCUGCGGCGCCUGGAUUGGAGUUGCCGAAAGCUAUGCUGGGCAGUAUCGUUGAUGCUACUGGUGGUACGACGCGACUGCUUACGAGCACUGCUGGACUCAUGACGCCGAAUCAUGUUCCUGCCGAGACAGAAGCCGACAAGAUAGCCAAGCGCGAGAGACUGGAACUGGAAGCCUUUAUCGAAGCAUGGCAUGGCUUGCAAGAGCGGAAAGUCGUGGUUGAAGAGCAACAAGGACAUUUGCAAAUGGAAAUCAGCCAAGCCGACGACGAUAUUGAAAAGAUGCGACAAAUGCUCUCGGCAGUCGAGGCUCUGAACAUCGCAAACAUCGAUUGGGGUCAGGCAAUGGAGAAGCUGCAGAAACUACAACAAGACUUCCGUCAUGACAUUGAUAGCUAUAAUCUGUCGGAAGCAGCAGUCGCUACAAUCACACCCCUUUUCAAAGCCGACCUCGAUGACUGGGACCCUCUGGAAACGCCAUCCUAUCGUCUAGUCGAACAUCUCACCCAUCUGAAACCCAUCCUCGGCUUAGAGAGAACAUCAAACGCACUCGCAUCCAACAACCCAGACAUUGAACCCGAACAACGACGAUACCGAAAGCAGAAAACCACUACACCAUACGAAAGUCUUAUCCAUGGCAUCUGGCUACCGAAGAUGAGGUCAACAGUCACACGCUGGGACGUCCAUGAUGCUGCCUCGUUAAUCACAGUCGUAACGGCUUGGAAACCUCUCCUCCCCGCUUUCGUAUACUCCAAUCUCUUGGAUCAACAAAUCGUACCGAAACUCUCUGAUGCUCUAUCAUCCUGGAACCCACGAAAACGACGCCAUCACCACAAAGCUUCUAGUAACGAUGCACCACACACUUGGUUGUUCCCUUGGUUACCACUCCUGCCAUCCUAUCAAUUAGAUCCCAAAUCCUCUUCUGGAGUACUGGUAGAUGCAAAGAGGAAAUUCCGGCGUGUACUGGAUAGUUGCGAUAUUUCUUCCCUCUUACCAGGUCUGGAAGCUUGGAAGUCGUUUUUCGGAAAGCAAGAGUUUGAAGCUACUUUGUUACGCCAUUUACUCCCUCGUCUUGCUGCACAUUUGUCUCAAGACUUUGACAUCGAUCCAGCAGAUCAGGACAUUACACCGCUCGAAAACAUCUUUUUGUGGCAAAACUUCUUUACACCGAUUGUUUUUGCACGACUGUUGGUGGCAGAAUUUUUCCCAAAGUUACAUGGGGUUUUGCAUCAAUGGCUCACUAGCCCAGAAGCGAGUUUUGAAGAAAUCGGCGCAUGGUACAGUUGGUGGAAAAGCGUUAUUCCAGAGCUUUUGCAAAGAGUGCCAGAAGUAAAGGCAGAAUUCGACAGAGCAUUGACAACCAUCAAUGAUGCAUUGACUUUGCAAGAACAAGGUCUUUCUCUUUCUUCUCUCCCAGCACCUGCCGCAGGACCUUCUCGCCCUCUCGUCACUUCCACCACCACCAUCAUCGACGCCAAACCCGCACCCAAAGAAGAAGCACCAGAGCUUUCCUUCAAAGAUAUCGUAGAGGAAUGGUGUGCAGAAAAUGAUCUCACGCUUUUACCUCUCCGAGAAGCUCAUCCAGGGACCGGCGCACCGCUUUUCAGAAUCACUGCUAGUGUAUCUGGAAAAGGCGGCGUGGUUGUGUUUUUCAGAGGUGAUAUGGUGUGGAGUCAAAAAAGAAAGAGGGAAGAUGGCUUUGAACCUGUGGGGUUGGAUGAUAAGUUGUUGGCGAGAGCUGAAGGACGGUAG